UCAAGUGGAGCACAAGACGUACAAAGCACAGUCGGAAAGAAGCAGCCGUCGCUGUAAACGAAUUGAAACGGGACGCGACGUCAACGUCGAAGUCGAAGCCGAAGCCAACGCCGCUGCGCAUGCGCAGUCAGUUGUAGUUGUAGUUGUUAUUGUGUACUUGUUGCUGUGCAACGCCAGUGCGCAGCUUAAUUAUUGCCCCAGCUCCAGCACCAGCAGCAGCAGCUCCCGCGCUGUUGUUCCCGUUCCCCCAGUUGGCAAAGUUUACUUGUUUGUCUGCAUUUUUCCCGCACUUGUAUAAGUACAAGCACACAUACAUAUAUACAGACACACACACACACACCGUGUGCGCUGUAAUAUUUUUGUUGCCAACUGUGUGUGUGUGCGCUUUUCCCUGGGAAAAUAUUCUUGCCGUUUUGCGCUUUCUUUUUGUGUCUACUAUAACAAAAACACAAAUGUAAACAAGCCGCGAUAAUACAACAACAAAACUUCCUCGGUUAUUACGGUGCUUUGUGCAAUCGGCGAACAAAAAAAAAGAAUCGAAUCAAAAAAUUUCCCAAGCAAAAACAACAACAACAACGACAGUGACGUGCAAUUUCCCAAACAGCCGCAACAAUCAAAAAAACUGCAGCGAAAAUGGAAACGUGGAAACAGCUGCUUUUGCUUUUGAGCUAUCUGUGCUGCUUGACCCGACGCAGCGAGGCCUGGCGGCCAUGUCCGGAGCUCAGUCCCGCCUUGCGAUUGCCAUGCAGAUGCAAUGUGGUGCCUUUUGCGGCAACUGGUCAGCUUGGAGCCGUUGCCAUGGACUGCGAUCGGGUUGUCUUUCACGGCGAUGCGCCGCAGCUGCCGUAUGGUGCGCCCAUCGUGGCGUAUACGCAACGCUACAGCGGACAGCAAACGUUGCCAGCACAGACAUUCGGUCAGCUGAAGCUGCCCAUUGAGGAGCUGGACCUGUCCAACAAUUUGAUACGUCGCAUACCGGAGAAGGCAUUCGAUGGGUUGAAGGAUGCGCUGAACGAACUGCGUCUGGCCAACAAUUUGCUGGGCGAUAAUCUGAAUCCAAUAUUUUCUACGGCGGAGCUGCACGCUCUCAAAAACCUGCGCCUGCUCGACCUGUCCGGCAACAAGAUCAAGCUGAUUGAGGAGGGUGUGCUCAAGGGUUGCAUCGACCUAAAGGAGUUCUUCAUGGAUCGCAACAGCCUGACGGCGGUGCCAAUCAAUUCGCUCAACGGACCCAGCGCCCUGAAGCAUCUCUCUUUGCGCCAGAAUCACAUAGCUACGCUCCAACGGGAUUCCUUCAGCGCCCAGGCCCAGCUGGAGAUAAUCGAUCUGCGCUAUAACAUUUUGCGCAGCAUCGAUAGCCAGGCUUUUCAUGGACUGCGCAAGAUACGGGAAAUCAAGCUGGCCGGCAAUCGGCUGACCAAUCUCAACAGCGAUGUCUUCGAGCAGCUGCAGUCGCUGCAGAAGCUGGAUCUCUCCGAGAACUUUUUCAGCCAGUUUCCAACCGUGUCCCUCGCCGCCAUCGCAGGCCUUAAAUCGCUCAACCUAAGCGCCAACAUGCUGCAGCAACUGGACUACACGCACAUGCAGGUGGUGAAGUCUCUGGAGAGCCUCGACCUGAGCCGCAACAGCAUUACCAGCAUUCCGCCGGGCACAUUCCGCGAUCAGAGCGCACUCAAGUAUCUAGAUCUCAGCCUCAAUUCGCUGCGCACGAUCGAGGACGACGCUCUGGAGGGUCUAGAGAGCCUGCAAACGCUGAUCAUUCGGGAUAACAACAUUCUGCUCGUGCCGGGCAGCGCUCUGGGCCGCCUGCCGCAGCUCAGCUCACUGCAAAUGGAUUACAAUCGCGUGGCAGCGCUCUCUGCCGAAAUUCUGGGCUCGGUUCAGGCCGGCGACAUCACGACCUUGUCCCUGUCACGGAAUGUCAUACGGGAGCUGCCGCCCGGCAGCUUCCAAAUGUUCAGCAGCCUGCACACGCUCGAUUUGUCCGGGAAUUCCUUGGUCAUGGUCAAUGCGGAGACCUUUGCGGGUUUGGAGGGCACCUUGAUGCAGCUGAGGCUGGCGCAGAACAAGCUCAGCGGGCUGGGCAACGCGCCGCUGGCGCUGCCCGAGCUGCGCUCCCUGGACCUCAGCGGCAACAGCCUGGCCGAGCUGGCUCCAAAUAUAUUCGAGGACUUGGAGAAUCUGCAGGCGCUGAAUUUGAGCGGCAACCAUUUGACGCCGUUGACGCCGGCGCUCUUGCGGCCCUUGGCGCGGCUCCAGGUGAUCGAUCUGAGCCAGUGCAGCAUACGGCAGCUGAGCGGCGAUCUGCUGGCCGGGCUGCAGGAUCUCAAGCACAUCCAUCUCGGCGGCAAUCAGCUGCAGGAGCUGCAGGACGGCAGCUUCGUCAAUCUGUGGAACAUCAGCUCCAUCGAUCUGUCCGACAAUCUGAUCAACUCGAUACGCGCCGGCGCCUUUGUCAAUGUGAUGCAGCUGAAGCGUUUGGAUUUGCACGGCAAUCAGCUGUCCGCGUUUAAGGGCGAGUUCUUUAACACGGGCACGGGCAUCGAGGAGCUGGACAUAUCGCACAAUCAGCUCAGCUAUCUGUUUCCCUCCUCAUUCCGCAUACAUCCGCGUCUGCGCGAGAUCCGUGCGGCGCACAACAAGUUCUCCUUCUUUCCCGCCGAGCUGAUCGCCUCGCUGCAAUAUCUGGAGCACAUUGAUCUCUCCGACAAUCAGCUGAAGACCGUCGAGGAGCUGGACUUUGCCCGGCUGCCGCGUCUGCGCGUCCUGCGGCUGGCCCACAACCAGCUGGACAUGGUCAGCGAAAUGGCCUUCCACAACUCGACCCAGCUGCAGAUCCUCGACCUGUCGCACAACAGCCUGGAUCGCAUAGGCGAACGAACUUUUGAGGGCCUGGUGCGUCUCGAGCAGCUGAAUCUGGAGCACAAUCGUCUCGCGGAGUUCUCGGACAGCGUCUUCGAGCACUCCAAGCUGCACAUGCUCGAGAACAUAAAUCUCGCACACAAUCGUUUCGAGUAUGCGCCGCUCAAGGCUCUGCAGCUGCGCCACUUUUUCGUCUCCUCGGUGGAUCUCAGUCACAAUCGGAUCCGGGAACUGCCACGCGACGACAGCAUCAUGGUGAACAUCAAGCGGAUCGAUCUGUCCUACAAUCCGCUCAGCAGCCAGGCGGUGCACAAUGUCCUCAACGAGCCGAAGACGGUGCGCGAACUGAAUCUGGCCGGCACGGGCAUCGAGGAGCUGCAGCUCCUGGAGACGCCCUUCCUGCAGUAUCUGAAUCUGUCGCACAACAAGCUGCGCAACAUCAAGGCGCAGGUCUUCCAAAGGGUCACCCUAUUGGAAACCUUGGAUCUGUCUAGCAAUGAGCUGAAAUCCCUGGACGAUCUGUCGCCCGCCUGGCCGCAGCUGCAGGUGCUCCAAGAGCUGGACGUGUCCAACAAUAGCUUCGAGCUCAUCUCGCAGUCGAACUUCGGCCAGCUGGAGAUGCUCCGGACGCUGCGGUUAAACCAUUUGAAGCUAUGCAGCCGCAUCGAGAAGCAGGCCUUCCGGCCGUUGCCCAAUCUGGCCACGUUGGAGGCGUACGACCUGCCGCUCCUUGGCUAUCUGGAUCUGCAGGGCAUCAUGGAGCUGCUGCCGGGUCUCGAGCAGCUGGACAUUGAGGUCAAGGAUGCAACGAUCGGAAGCGAGCAGAUCCAACCCCUAAAGCAUCCCAGACUCUGCUCGAUCGGAAUACGCGGCGAGCGCUUGAAGUCCAUCUCCUCCGGCACCCUGGCCGGGCUCAAGUCCAGCGAUCUCACGAUCAAGCUGCAGAAUACAUCGCUGACAGCGCUGCCGCCGGCGCUGCUAUUUCCCGUGCCGCGCUCCUCGCAGCUGAGACUCAAUGUGGCGGGCUCCAAGAUCGGCUCGCUUGUGCCGCAAUUCCUCAACGCACUCGAGGAUCGACGGGCGAGCCUGCAGCUGCAGGGCUUGGCCAGCAAUCCGAUUAACUGCAAUUGCGAUGCACGCGCUCUGCGACGCUGGCUGCCCAGCUCGGGCAUGCCGGAGCUAAUCUGUCGGCAGCCAACCUACCUGGCCGGCCGCAAGCUGAUCGAGGUCGGCGACGAUGAGCUGACCUGCGAUCCGCGACGCAUGACGCAGACUUCCUCCUCCUCCACCUUGAGGCCCUCCAGCUCGCACAAGACCUCCGGCCAGCUGGUGACCCGCACGGAGGAGCCGCUCAUCAUCUGGAGCCUGGAGCCGACACAGCCGACAAUCAUGAAGAUCAAGACCAAGGCGCCGCUCAUGAAGGCCGCCCAGGCGCCGAUCAUCAGCAACGACGACACCCUCAUCAUUGGCAUUGUCGGCGGCGUUGUCGCCUUCAUAGCCAUCCUGAUCAUCAUCAUCUGCAUUAUACGGCUGCGGAUGAGCAAUGCCGAAUAUCAGCAGAGCGCUGCGAUGAUGGGCAUGCCGUCAGCCAUGCAGCUGGGCGCACACAAUGCCGCCUACGGCUACAAGAACGGCUUGGCGCCGGCGCUCUACGCCGUGCCGCCGUACCAGGCCAGCUAUGCCACGCUGCCGCACAAGGCGCAGUCCACGCAGAAUCUGACGCAGCGGCAGCAGCAGCAGGUGGCCCAGCAGCAGGCACAGCAGCAGGCACAACAGCAGGCGGCUGCAGUGGCCGCCUACUCGACCAUGUCGCGCAUGUCCUACUUCAGCGGAGCCGGAGCGCCGGGCAGCGCGGAUGGCGCCGAAAGCCUGACGCAUCAGCAGCAUCAGCACCAGCAGCAUCAUCAGCCCUACAUCAUCUACUCGGACGACAAGGCUUAUAGAUAAAGAGAAAUCUCUCUCAGUCAGUCACACAGGUUCUACACAAUCGUCAUCGCGUCCGCUUAUGUUGUUUGUAUAUAGACCUAGUUCAUUCGUAUCCAUAACAUAAUUAAGUCCACAAAUCGCGU